AUGGAAAAGGUCGAGGAAACCGCACGGAGAGAUGUGGACUUCAUUAUUGAUGUUCCUGGCUUAAUUGUUCCGCCGGAGCUCAAGACCGCCAUCUCGGGUUUUCCCAACUCCAGCUUCUCCACACCAGCCGAUGCAUUCUACUGCGGGUACUCAAUGCCCGAUGGUACCGCUGUGUCCCACCAGGUCGACUUCAUUGCGAGAGACAUAAUCUUCUCCUGCGGCUUGCGAGCACCACCCGCUAAUAAGGGCGCCAUCGAUGGCAAGAAUGCCAAGGUUCUGCUUGACAUAGGCCCCACGCCGCUCACCCUCACGCUACAACAGCAAGCCAUCGUCGAGGACAGAAUCGAAGACGUGAUGGACUAUUUCCAGGACAGGCCACGUUCGUGGUGGAGGGAGCGACUUGGGUUGCCCGAGGAGGGUGGUGAGAUAAAUGGUGCGGAGGAAGAGGACAGGCACGAGCACGACCAUGAGCAGCACAAUGACAACGAGGACCGGAAUGGGAAUAACGAGGAAAGCAGUGAAGAGUUUGACAGUCUUGAGACACCUGACGGCUCCAAUGGACGCAGUAGGCAUAUACUCAUGUACCCGUGCCACCUCACCUCUCCAUACCAGUCUGGCUGUCUCGGUCACUCGUCGCCUGACUACUGA